UAGGAUCAAGUUCAAUCGAGUUGUAGAAAGCUUUAAAAGUUUUAAAAAAUUUCAUAACUAAAAUAAGCGUUACUGUGUUGUAGACAUUUUUGAAGUGUUCGCGCAAAAAAUUGUUAAAGCAAAAAAAAAAUAUUCAAACUGCAUUUUGCGUGCAAAUCAGUUGUUGUUAAGACCAUUCUCUCAUGGUGAACAUGUCUAGUAGCGCGAUCUUUACUAAUAGUUCUAAAGGCAACAUACCGCUGCAAUACUACAGCAAAACUAGUAACAACAGCAGCACAUCGGCGCCUCAUCGUCAUCUCGAAGCCGCUGUGAAAAUGUUCAAAUAUCAAAAUAUUGCACCGGCGCCCACUGCGUUGUCUGCUGCUAGUGCUGAGAUUAAAACGCGCAAAUAUACGCCGCGUGCGCCCAGCGCCGGUGGUGGACCUUACAGUGUCGAUCAGACGCAAUCAGUGCAGCGCCGCAAUGCGCGCGAACGCAAUCGCGUCAAACAGGUGAAUAAUAGCUUUGCGCGCCUACGCCAACACAUUCCACAGACGAUCAUUACCGAUUUGCUGAAAGGUGGCGGCCGUGGACCGCAUAAGAAAAUUAGCAAAGUGGAUACGUUGCGCAUCGCUGUUGAAUAUAUUAGACGGUUGCAGGAUUUGGUGGAUGACUUGAAUGCGGGUGGCAGUGGUGGUAGUAGCGCGGCUCAGAAGUGUAACAGUGCGCGCGCCAAUGCUAGCGGGUUAUUAGCGCUCGCCACAGACAAUAACACAACAUCCAGUAAUAGUUCAUUCAGCAGCAGUGUCAGCGCCAGCAGUAAUCUUAGCCUGCUCGCAGCGGAUUCACCAGCGCGCAACUCACCGAGUGCCACCAGCGGGCUUGCUGCAACGGAGCAGUUGUACUAUAGCGCGGCUAAUAGCAAGCUGCAAGCAUUCACACAGCAACAACAACACCAUCAUCAGUCGCAGCAGCAGCAGCAACAUCAGCAUCAGCAACAAUUUACCUCCGCGCUACUCACCGCCGAAGCAUUGCAAGCGUGUUCGCCGCAGCCGCUGCAGACACAGCUUGAUGCUGGUUGCCCUUCGCCCACCUCAUCUUUCAACUCCAGCAUGUCCUUUGAUUCGGGCACUUUUGUGCAUUCGCCAGCGCCACAGCAGCAGCUCUCGCCGCUGCGACACUCUAAUGCGGAAGCGCAGCGCGGCAGCAGCAAUAACAACGCGAGUGCGCAGAUCGAUGCGAAUUUGCAGCUGAAGUUUGAGCCAUAUGACAGCUUCAAUUUGCAUGAGGAGGACUGUACGCCCGAUGACGACGAGAUACUUGACUACAUAUCGUUGUGGCAGGAGCAGUGAGUGCAGUAGGCGACAGUUGGUUGAUGAAAGUGAAAUAUUUAUAAAUAUCCAGUUGUUCAGGGACACAUCACCAGUGAAAGGUUGCGCGUUUGAGUUUUUUUUUGUGUUUUGUAAAAGUGUUUGUAAAUAUUUUUUGUGCUUUUAUUAUAGUUUACUCAGUUACCUAGUCAAAUUAGUUCAAUUUGCCAAUUUUUGCUUAAAUCACAAAUUUUAAUUGUAAUUAAAUUCUAAGUUUGUAGUUAAGGAUUUUGUGUGCCUUAGUUGAAAAUUAUGUACAUGGAGAGAUAUGACUACUCGUAAAGCGAAUCCAAUUAGGUUAAUUAGUUUUAAGUCAUAAUGGAAGACAAUACCUAGCAUUAAUUAGACUAAGCAAACCACCGGAAGACACUAAACCCCACUUAAUUUAAGGCUGAAGAAAAAACUGAA